AUGAUUCAACUAAAAACUUUGGACCAUCUAGUGUUGACUGUUGCGUCUAUACAUAAGACCUGUGACUUCUACUCCAAGGUUCUUGGCAUGAACGUAGAAACUUUUAACCCACCCUCAGACCCCCAAUCGACUCGAUACGCACUCAAAUUUGGCACUAUGAAAAUCAAUUUGCACCAACAAGGGAAAGAAUUCCAACCCUGUGCAAGGGAGCCAGUUCCAGGGUCUGAAGACUUAUGUUUCAUUUUGGACGAGAAAGCCCAGGUGAACUCCAUAUCAGGUGUUGUUGAAUUUUUGUCGUCGAUGAAAGUUGUCAUCGAAGAAGGUCCAAUAAGGAGAACAGGUGCAAACGGCCCGAUAAACAGUGUCUAUAUCAGGGAUCCGGAUCAGAAUUUAAUUGAAAUAUCUACAUAUGAUUAA